CGACCGUUGGAUGGCCGGAGGUGUUCUUGGAGCGACUAGGGUGGGUGCAGCGGAUCUGACAAGGUCGGGGCUGACCUGAACUGUACUUUGCUGGAGUCGGGAGGGGCGGGAUGCCACCCGUUGCGGAUCUCGUCUCCUUUUGAUUUCUUCCCCAUUUCGAAAGCAAAUUUCUAGGCGGGAGAUAGAGCGGAGGUGGCUGCGGCCAUGGCAGAAACCCUAGCGCUGGCCCCGGUGGAGGACCCCGAGGCGCCCCUCGACGCGGCCGCCAUCCGAAGCCGGUUCGAGCAGCUCUGCACGCUGUGGGGAGGGGACAAGGGUGAGCUGGUGGAAGCUGCGGCGGCGGAGGACGAGCUGCGCGGGUUGCACUCCGGGUGCGAGAAGGAUAUGCAGGCGGGGGAUGCGUGGGACUCCAACGCUGCUGAGCUAGGGGGUCACGGUUUGGACUCGUACAUGGAAUGGUUGAGAAAGGAGGUGAGCUUGAUAGAGGAGGAGAACUGCAAGUUAUCUACAGAGAUUAGUGUCAUUGGAGAGACAGUGUUGAAAGACACGAUUCUGCUGGAUGCUGUCAUUGAAUCACUGGAGUCUCGGCUGAAUACACUUGAUUCAGAGGUUUUGAAACAUUCAGAAGUAAGUCCUACCUCAACUGAUUCAGUCCUCAACCAAAUAAGUAUCGAGAAGGUCUGCGAAUAUGAGGAAUUUGAACUCGACCAUCAAAUAGGAAAAAGCGCGAUGGACCUGAAGCUGUUACAAAUACAAAGUAUUUCAAUGCAAAGGGAUGAAGAAAUGUGGCAGCUUCAGUCUCUGUUUUCAGAACCAAGGGUCUUAAAGUGUAAAGGCAAUUGUCUCAGGGUGUUCCUAAAGGCACCUAUACUGCCCUCGGAAUGUGUAAACUUUGGACAAAAGUUGGAUUGUGUUGAUCAUGAGUUACUGAUAGAAGUUGAUGAAGGAAAAAUUGAACUGAAUAAAGUCCAGAUCUUUCCUGCCGAUGUUUGUGUAGAUAUACUGAUUGAGAAGCUCAAGUCCUCCAGAGAGGCCAUUUCCGUUCCAUCUUUGGGAUGGCUCAUUCGGCAAUGUCAACAACAGAUUAUAAUCAACACUCUAAGACGAUUGUUGGUGAAUGAUGCCAAUAAUUCCAGGCAUUCUUUUGAGUACUUUGACAAAGACGAAACAAUUGUAGCUCAUAUGGUUGGUGCAAUUGAUGCCUUCUUCAAGAUAUCUGAAAAUUGGCCAGUGUCGCCCUAUGGUCUGAAGUUAAUCUCAAUCCGCAAUUCAGGGACUCAGCCAACAAAUAUAACUGUAGAAUUGGUCUGCAAGACCAAGGAACUUGCCAAUGGCUUGGAGCUUGAGACUCGUCGGCAGCUGGUGAGAUUUGUAGACGCCGUUGAGGAGAUUCUUGUUCGGGGGAUGCAGUCAGAGCUCCACUCAAGCAGGGUUUCUGCUUAGAUCGAGUUCUGGUCUCGGCUUCUCAUCAAGUAUUUCCGGACGGAGGGAGUACUUUGUACGGAUCUGGUGCCACUUGACCUUGUGGAACCGAGUGUUUAAAAAAACCCGGAAUUGAGUGCUGUUGCUGCCAGGUACAACAGGCAUAGAUUUAGUCCUUGUUUGUAGUGAAAAAAAGGAGAGGUGUGCGCAAAGCUUGAACUGUUGAAAGAUCAGGCAGGAUUGUGGUUCUUUUGGUCCUUUAUACCAGACUGUUAAACUGUAUUCUCUGGGGAAAAGAAGAAAAAUGCUAUUAGCCAGAGUUUACUGGUGGCUUGUGUGA